AUGCUUUUCUUCUUGUGCAGGAACGUCCUGUAAGUUGACUGUUAGGGUUACACUCUGAAUCAGUGUGACAACUGAAGGUGUGUGGCUAGCAUGAUCAAAACCCUGGCUGUGAUCCCUCCUGCAAAGCGAAGGAUGUUCUAGGUGACGGGAUCAUUGUGGGAAAUUUCCUUUAAAAAAACAUAGGAACAUAAGGUGUGUAGAGAAGACACUACACCAGAGGCCACAGUGCCUUCACCUUCUGAAGAGGCUGGCAGGCAGGGGCAUGGAGCACGGAGUCUGUAUGCUGAUCCAAGGCUGUGACAGGCCUUCUACCACCUUCACCUGCCCAUGCUCCCAGAUCUGCAAUCUUUGGUUGGAUUCAUCAGUGCUGUCUCAAGCCAUUGUCCUUCUCCAGUUAUAAACCGGUUCACAAGGCGUGCCUCGGUAUGUGCAGAAGCUUAUAAUCCUGAUGAAGAAGAAGAUGAUGCAGAGUCCAGGAUAAUACAUCCCAAAACUGACGAUCAAAGAAACAGAUUGCAAGAAGCCUGCAAAGACAUCCUGCUGUUUAAGAACCUGGAUCCAGAACAGAUGUCUCAAGUAUUAGAUGCCAUGUUUGAAAAAUUGGUCAAAGAAGGGGAACACGUAAUCGAUCAAGGUGAUGAUGGUGACAACUUUUACGUCAUCGACAGAGGAACAUUUGAUAUUUAUGUAAAAUGUGAUGGCGUUGGAAGAUGCGUUGGUAACUAUGACAAUCGUGGGAGUUUUGGAGAACUGGCCUUAAUGUACAAUACACCCAGAGCAGCUACAAUCACUGCUACCUCUCCUGGUGCUCUGUGGGGUUUGGACAGGGUGACCUUCAGGAGAAUAAUAGUAAAAAACAAUGCCAAAAAGAGGAAGAUGUACGAGAGCUUUAUUGAGUCACUGCCAUUCCUCAAGUCUCUGGAGGUUUCUGAACGCCUGAAGGUGGUAGAUGUGAUUGGCACCAAAGUUUACAACGAUGGAGAACAGAUCAUUGCUCAGGGAGACUCGGCGGAUUCGUUCUUCAUUGUAGAAUCUGGAGAAGUGAGAAUUACUAUGAAGAGAAAGGGUAAAUCAGACAUCGAAGAGAACGGUGCUGUGGAAAUCGCUCGGUGUCUCCGGGGACAGUAUUUUGGAGAGCUUGCCCUGGUCACUAACAAGCCAAGAGCAGCAUCUGCACACGCCAUUGGGACUGUCAAAUGCUUAGCCAUGGAUGUGCAAGCAUUUGAGAGGCUUCUGGGACCUUGCAUGGAAAUUAUGAAGAGGAAUAUCGCCACCUAUGAGGAGCAAUUAGUUGCACUGUUUGGGACAAACAUGGAUAUUGUUGAGCCCACUGCAUGAAGCAAAAGUGUGGGGAAGAAAGCGCGUUAGUGAAGCAGUUACAUAGCAGUGGUUAGUCCACCGAGGAUGUGUUCGUGUAGAUCAAGCAUUUUCUGUGACUUCAGGUUUUCCUUUUUUAAACAGAAACCAUUUACAAUAUAUCAGUGAACAGUAGUGAUUUAAUAGUAGGCUUUAACAUCACUUUCUAAUGGGUAGUUCAUAAAUUAACAUAAUCAUAAAAACGACUUUCUAUUUCAUAAAACUGACUGAAAGGUUUAUUCAAAUGGUUAUAAUAUAUUGAGAGCAUACAUGUUUAAGAAGAUAAUUAAAAGAUGUACUCAUAGGCCGACCUGUGUGUUUGGAUUAUUCAAGUAUCGUGUUAGUGACUCUGCCCCUUUACGAGGGAAGCUGGCAGUGGCUUGUGCACUCACAUUCUUUUUAUAACUCGUCAGACAGUAAGAUUGCCAAUCAUUUCAUUUUCUACCUUUUCUGGCUUAGUAAGUUAUGUGUUAGCCUUGGCCUAUCGGUAACAUGGUGUGGAAAUCAUAUGCAAUUUUAAAAUUUUUUAUAUUUUUGCAAUAAACUACAUUUCAACUUCUUUGACAACUGUCAGCCAGCAGCCUGGGUAGUUGAGUGGCUUUUGGGGCCUGGUAAUUUAGCUGUUGUGAUGAUUGGGCAGAGAGCCUUUUAGGAUGAAAGCUCAUAACUGCGUCUUUCAUUAUCCUUUCUCCAUCAUCACCGCUUCCCGCUUUGUAUUUAGCAACCUCCUGGGUUCCUUACAGAUCGCAUUUUGACGUUUAAUGUCACAAGGGUUGUAUUGGUUCUCAAGGCAAUUUCAUCUUAAUCUGACAAUUUGUUUUGUCCUCUAAAAGUCCCGAAUCUUCUAUUCAGAAAAAUGAAAGCUUCCCUAUCAAAAGACAUUUGGGAUUCUUAGCCCACGCCCACAGAACAUGGCUUUGCUCUGUAGGUCCCAGUGCUGCGACCCUGUGUGUGUGUCUGUGGUCCCCUGCCCUUCCCUGUCCUGAGCACCAGCCAGCGAGCACAUUGGUCAGCAGCCAAUCAAGUGCGUUUGCCCUUUCCAACCUUCAAAAACUUCAACAACGGUGGUGGAAAGAAGUCUGUGUAUAAGCAAAGCCAUACAUGAGUAUUAAUGGGAUUUUUCUCUAUCCUACACCUUAUUAGGCCUUGUUCUUAGCUUUAAAGUCAGCCCACAGUUAAAAGUACACAAAGUACAAAAUUUUUUUUGGUCAACAAGAUACUUACUUUUAUGCCAAAUACGAUGAAUUGUUAAAACCAAAGCAAUAUACUUUUAUGUGAUUUUCAGGCCCCUUGACCAAAUGUCUAAAGGCAUUAAUUCUCACCAGUUUAAUUCAUGUUGAAAUGGGUAAUUUUACUUUGGGGAACAUGUUUCUAAGGAACAGAGGUAUCAUGUAUGUUAAAUUCAUCUGUGACUGUCUCGAUCUUACAAGAGAAUGUUUACAGUCCUACGUGUACGUGAAAACGUGGCUAGUGUUAAAUGCAUCAUGUGUAAACAAGAAGUUAAAGUACGCUAUACUGUUACCUACACCUUUAGCCGUGCUUUUGAAAUGUCAGUCUUGCAAAAUCUUUACGUAGGAAAAAAAGCUCUCUACAUGAAGGUAACAUGUUUUCUAUUUCAGAGUUCAGAAGCCAUGUGUUCAAACAAGAAACAAAUCCCAAAAACAGAAAAACAAGAACAAAAGCCACCCAAAUUCCUGGCUCAUCCUUCUGUGUUCUUUUCUCUCUUUUCCAAGUUCUCUUUGGUUGCAUUGCAUAGGCUGAGUGUUGACGUUCACGGAAACCAAUGCCUGUGGAAUAAAGAGCCCCAACCAAGGCUACAGAGGCCAGCUGUGUUAUUUUCAGUAUUGUUGGUUAUAUUUAAAUUUUCCUUAUAAUAAAGCACACUUUUAUAAUAAA